AUGAGCUAUAACAGUGAUUCGGAUUUGUCUUCGAUAGACAGUGAAGAUAUGAAUAAUAAAAGUUCAGCCCUUCCAAGUGAUGCUAAUAUGAAUGGCGACGAGGAGUCUGAAGCUGAAGGGCUAGAGAGUCAAUACAGUCAGGAAAGUGAAGAUGUUGAGGCAGUAGGAGAUAAUAUUGAUGAUGAUGAUGAUGAUGAUGAUGAAGAAGAAGAAGAAGAAGAAGAAGAAGAAGAAGAAGAAGAUGUUGGUUUUGCUAAUCGAGACGAGGAUGGUGAGGAGGGUGAAGAUGAAGAAGAAGAAUAUGAUGAUGAGGAGGUAGAUUAUGAUGAUGAAGAACAGGAACAACAACCACGAGGACAGGCUCCAGAUAAUGCUGAUGCUUAUGACGAGGAAGUUGAGGAUGUGGAUGUGGAGGAGGAAGAAGAAGGGGAGGAGGAAGAAGAAGAAGAAGAAGAAGAAGAAGAAGAAGAAGAAGAGGAAGAGGAAGAGGAAGAGGAAGAUGAAGAGUAUCCUGCCUAUGAGGAUUACGAAGAUGCAGUUCCGCCUAUAGUAGACGAUGACGAUGAUGACCUUGCACUCCCCAACCCUGAUGACGAUGUGGUGAUUGGUGAUGAUUACGAGAGUGAUGAAGACCAUAUUCCUAGGGUGAAAAAAACUUCAGGUAUUAAAUUGAGAUUUAACAUGUCAAAGAAAGCUAACAAAAUGUUGGAUAGUGAAGAUGAAUAUUCAUCAUCCAGCUUAUCAGUUACAUCAAGGAAACGUAUGUCAGACAAAAAAAGGAGUGUUAGAAGUGUAGCUGCUGCAAAAAGACAUCUUGAACCGGAGCUGACAGAAACCUCGAGAUCUAAGAGGUCCAGAAUGCAAGUAGUUAACUACAAGGAAUAUGACGAUCAAGAAAUUGAUAGUAUAAAUAGCAAGGAUGAAGAGGACUAUGAAGAUGAUGAUGAAAUAUUAGGACUUGAUAAGGAAAUUCUUGGUGGAGACGAUGGGUUUGACAAUUAUUCAUCAAGUACUCCAGAUUUAACAAGAAUGACUGAAAGACAGCGGCGCAAAUACUUGGAGGAAAACAUAGAAAGUGAUGAUUCUAAAUCGGUUUCUGAAUUUCCAACUAGUGUCAACGACACUCAGAAAUUUUCUACUGGCCGAGUUGGUGGCGGGUUUGUGGCUCUUUCCAAUGAUAUCAAAAAGAAAAAUGUUUUGACCGAAGAAGAACAGCAGCUUAGGAGAAUGGAAAUGGCCAGAAGAAGAAAAAAUUUGAAUGAAAAGAAAUUGGAAGAAGAAAAAAGAGACACUUUAAAUAAAUUAUUGAAAAAAAGAGCUAAAAAAGUUAGAAGCACCAAAAGUUUGAAAGACGACGAAGAAGCAGAACAAGAAAAAUUUCGGACAAAACCUAGAAGACCAACGACUCAUCAUGUUGCAUUAUUUAGAUGGGUUAGCAGCAGCAAUGGUAUGAAAUUAGGCAUUCCAAAAAGAAGCGUUGGAUAUUAG